CUCAUCUCCUGUGUCCUGUGGAAGGAUUAUUUUCUGUUUCUGAAGCUAUCGAAGGUCAUAUCUAACUCAUCUCCACUGCUCCACUGCUCAGGAUCACAGACGUUUGUAAAAGGAGACUGCAUGGCUAAGCUUGAUUUUACACACCUGUGGGAACUGGCCUGAUUGGAACACCUGAAUUCAAUCAUCAAAGGUGUGCCAUUAAGAUGAGAGAAGCUGCACGGGUGAAAACAGGAGUAACAACAGGUGUGCUGGGUCUGGAUCCCUGCAUUUAACUGGCAGGAUGUUCUGGAUCAGGGUUAUAGGCCCUGAAUCAGUCCAGUUGAAGUCCAGCUGGAGUAUCCAUAUUCAGCGAGGGCGUGAUGACACGUCCUAGACAGAGGAAGACACGAAACAAGGACGAAGAGGAGAGAGAGAUGCUGAUCUGAUCGAUCACUGCAGCAGACGCAGGAGGCAUCAUCAGCGUGGAAAAGAGAGGAGAAAAGACACGACUGACAGGACGGGACGGGAGGAGAGCUAAAGACAGAGGAGAAGGAGAAGGAGAGAGCUGAGGAGGAGACAAAGAGGUGGAGGAGAGGAAGCACCUGCAGAGCCGGAGCUGUGUUCGUUGUUCAUUUGGAGGGCCUCCUUCGGACCCUUGUGUGGACACGCCCCCUCUUUAACCCCGCUGUUGGCUCAUCUCUGCGGAGGGUCUGGGACGUCCCGGGUUGCACUGUCCCCAAGUGCCAGCUUGGUUGGGUGCAGAGGGUGGGCGGGUUUGUUGGAGUGUUGAUGAGCGUGGUGGUGUCUGGCAUCACUUUUCAUGGGACUUUGAGAGAUGUUUGAGUCACGGCAGCGUCGGUGGACGGGCUGUAGGGGGCGUUGCCCCCAUGCCCUCCCCCUGGUCCUCCUACUCCUCUGGUCCACGCCUCCGCCCACUCAGGGAGCCAUCCACAUCCCCGACGGCUAUAAAGUUCAUAACAUGUCGCAGCCUCCCGUAAUGAUGGGCAUGCCAUCGUCGUAUACAGCGUUUUCUCAUGAAGACAUCAGUCUGCCAUGUGAGGCCACCGGUAACCCCACGCCCACUUUCCGUUGGGUGAAGGAUGGCGAGGAGUUCGGAGAUGAACGUAAAGGAUCUGGGACACUGAAAGCCGAUGGGACAGAAGAACUCAUCACAUUUGACGGCUACUACCGCUGCUACGCCUCCAACAUGCUGGGGACCGCCAUGACUCAGACUGUUCGGGUCAUCGUGGAGGCCCAGCCUAUUCUUCAGAAACAACAUAAAGUCCAGGUGAGAGCUAUCGAGGGCGACAGCAUCGUCCUGACGUGUAACCCUCCACAGAGCUCCACGCCGCCGCACAUCCACUGGAUGGACAAGAAGAUGGUACACAUCAGGCAGAAUGACCGAGUGAUGGUCGGCCUGGAUGGAAACUUGUACUUUUCAAAUGUUUUAAAGACUGACAGCAGAGACGACUACAUCUGUAACGCCCAGUACUAUUCAGCCCGGACCAUCCUUCCCGAGAGCGCCGUCUCCCUCAAUGUCCUCCCCAGCAACAACGUGGGCCAUGACAGGAAGCCCCACUUCUUCACCCCAAAAGGCUCCCACUCCUCAGUGCUGGCCCUCAGAGGGCAAAAUUUGAUCCUGGAGUGUAUCCCCAAAGGCCUACCGACUCCAAAGGUGGAGUGGAAGAAGAAGGACGGCAGCCUGAGUGAGACGAGUGGAAUCCUGGACAAACACAACCGCUGGCUGGAGUUCAUCACCGUGACACUGGAGGACGAUGGCGAGUACGAGUGCAGAGCCUUCAAUGACCAUGGUGCCGUCUCGCACUCCUUCACCGUCACUGUGGAAGCUGCUCCUUACUGGGUGAAGGAGCCUCAGAACCUGCUCUACGCCCCUGGAGAGACUGUCAGACUGGACUGUCAGGCUGAAGGGAUCCCGAAACCAUCUAUCACCUGGAGCAUCAACGGACAGCCAAUUACAGAAGUGGAUGACGACACUCGGCGCAGCGUGGCGGAGGGUGUGUUGAUUCUGAGAGACGUCGUGUACGCAGACACAGCUGUGUAUCAGUGUGAGGCCGCAAAUAAACACGGCGCCAUCCUAAUCAACUCCUACCUCUACGUGGUUGAGCUGGCGCCACAGAUUCUCUCCUCUGAUGGCGUCGUGUACCGGGUCAUUGAGGGCGGAGACAUCAUGCUGCACUGUGAAUCUUUCGGCUCCCCGCGACCUCAAGUCACAUGGGAGGAUGAGGAAGGCCUUCCUCUUCUGUCCCACUCUCGUGUCUCACCGCUGACCAACGGGACGAUCAAGCUGUCCAAUGCCAACCACGAAGACAGAGGAUCGUAUACCUGCCACGUCAAACACACCAACAUCUCUAUCACCGCUCACCUGGAGGUGUUCAAUCAAACACUGAUCGUGACGAGCCCACAGGAUGUCCGUGUGCUCCGAGGAACUGUCGCUCUGCUCGACUGCGGCUUCUACAAAGACCCUCAGCUGAAUGACUACAAGGUUUCCUGGAGGAAGAAUGGACACGAGCUGGUCGAGUCAUCACCAGAUGACAAAUUCACUAUCUUUGAAAAUGGCACCCUGAGAGUCACCAACGUCCAAUCAGAAGACAGCGCUCAGUACACCUGUAAGAUCAGCACCGACCUGGACAGCGUGAUGGCCAGCGGCUCCAUCACUGUCGUCGCUCGACCAGACCCACCCAAAGACCUGACACUGACCGAUGUGGACGACCACAGCCUCACACUGAGCUGGAUCCCUGGGAGCUCUCACAACAGCCCGAUUAUUGAGUUUAUUGUGGAGAUGAGGGAGGAGCAGCACUCCGAGCAGGCCAAGUGGAAGUGGGUGAAGUUUGAGACAGUACCUGGAGACUUUAACCACCGCCAGCUAAAACUCCACCCGUACUGCACGUACAGCUUUAGGGUUAUUGCUGUCAACGAGAUCGGCAGAAGCGACCCCAGUCUGCCAUCGGACCACCGCAGCACGCCCCCUGCUGUUCCCAGUAAAAACCCAGAUAACGUGCGCAGUGAAUCCACAGACCCGAACUCUCUGACCAUCACAUGGGACGAGAUGGACAAGCACCACCAUAACGGUCAGGGUUUCCAGUAUAAAGUGUCAUGGCGGAAGUCUGAAGGGCCGAAUGUACGCUGGGAAGAAGCCUAUGUUCUCUCGCCGCCAUUUCAUGUAAACAACACCGGAACGUACACACCGUUUGAGAUCAGAGUCCAGGCCGUGAACUCGCUGGGAGCAGGACCAGCACCAGAGCCAGAGAUUGGACACUCUGGAGAGGACAAGCCGGAGGAAGCACCGACCGGCGUCUCAACCACAGUAAUGAACAGCACCGUCCGAGUGAAAUGGAACGAGGCCCGCAACGUACGGGGACGGCUGAAGGGAUACAAGAUAUACAUUAGGAGGCUGGGUCCCCAAGGUGGGCGGGGCCGGCGGUCUCUUGGUACGUCACACCAUGAGGAAGAGCAAUCAGAGCCAGCGAAGGAGGGACACAGAGACAGCCGGGAGGUAGAGGUCUAUGGGUCAAAGACGUCAGAGGAGGUGACGGGGCUUAGGCUGUAUUCACGCUACGAGCUCACCAUGACAGCUGUCAACAGCAAGGGGGAGGGGCCUCACUCAGACCCACACCGCUUCAUCACCCCAGAGGGAGCACCCGGCCCGCCAGCAUCCCUCCGGUUUGAGAGUCCAUCAGAGAAAUCCCUGAUCCUCUACUGGAGCCCUCCUCUGGAAACAAAUGGCGUCCUGCUGGGCUACGUGGUUCAGUAUCAGCAGGAGCUAGAGGGCAGAGACAGCCUUCUGCAGAUGAUCGAUGAUCCCAGCGUCACCCACAUCGAGCUGGACUCUCUGGACCCCAGCAGUUACUACAUCUUCAAAGUGAACGCUCGCACCGCCGCUGGAGAAGGGCCUCCCAUCACACGGAGAGGUGCCACCCUGCUGGAAGGAGUUCCACCGUCCAACAUCAGCAUCAGCUGUGGGAACACGUUACUCAACCUGAGCUGGGUGCCUGGAGAACGAGACAGGAACCAUGGCUUCAUCAUCCAGUACUGCAGGAAGUGCCCCGGCUGUGAGUGUGAGGAGUCAGAGGUGGUCAACUCCACGCAAGGUUUCUAUUCGCUGACGGGCCUCAAACCAGGAUCACAGUACGAGCUGGAGAUCAACCACGGAAACGAGACACAGUGGAGAGGUGUGACCAUGACACUGGGCCCAGUACCCUCAGAGAUGCCCGGAGGGUUCGCCACACAGGGCUGGUUGAUCGGACUCAUCAGCGCCAUCGUGCUGCUGGUGCUGAUACUGCUCAUCCUCUGCCUCAUCAAACGCAGGAAGGGCGGCAAAUAUGCCGUGAAGGACAAAGAAGACAAGGAGGUGGACUCUGAGGCUCGGCCAAUGAAAGACGAGACCUUCGGGGAGUAUAGAUCUCUGGAGAGCGAUGGAGACGAGAAGCGCUCGGACAGCCAGCCAUCUCUGGGCGACAGUAAGCUGGGCAGCGACGACUCUCUGGCUGAGUACGGCGACAGCGUGGACAUCCAAUUCAACGAGGACGGCUCCUUCAUUGGCCAGUACAGCGGCCGGGGGCCCGUUCCCCACGGCAACGAGAGCUCCGGUCCCGCCUCCCCCGUCAACGCAGUCCCUCCUCCCCCCAUCGCUCCGUCCAUGUCGAGCAUCCUGAACCGACCCAGCUAGAGAGCGGACGCCAAAAUGACAAAAACACACAAAUACACCACAGAACAAUGCUGAUCCACCGGUCCAGAUCUACUGAUCCUGAUCUACUGAUUCUAAUCAACCAAUCCUGAUCUACUGACCCUGAUCCACUGCCUGUUACCUUAUCCAGCUACAACACCCACAGAGAUACCUACACACAUAAAUACACAGAUAUAUACUAACAAUGUGUCGAUACAUUCCACCGUUUAUGCAGUGCAGACGUUUACAGGAUGUUUUCCUUUUCUACUCCGAGUUUACACACGAACACUGAAAAACACACACAAGAGCAGACAAGCAGAAUCACAUGACCAUCAGAUCACAUGACCAUCAGAUCACAUGACCACCACUCUCCUGUAAAAAGCCUAGGGCGGAGCUGCUCCAGCUGUUUGUGACUCCAGAUGUUGUCAGGAUUCUCUAACGUCAUGUUUAAGCAUCACUAAAUUAAUUUCAAAGUUCUUUAUGAACAUUUACAUAAACAUAUAGAUAUCUGGGAUGGCUGCAGUCCUGAUAACCAAGCGAAUGGGGGGGUUUCUACAAGAUUACAAUAAAAAUAUCUGGCUGCCUGCAGGGACUAAAUGAGCUGGCAGAAAAUAUAGUCUCCAUACAUAUUUUGCACAUCAUGCAAAGAUUCGUCAAUAGACAGCAAGUAAAUGAAUGAAUUAAAGUGGGCUGGUAUCGCUGUUAAAAUUCAGACAUCAUUACAGAGACGAUUCUGCAGAGACUGAAGUUUUUCUUAAAGAAAAUGAUAAUGUUCAAAACCAGAAACAGCAUCGUCAAACCUCCAGACUCCUCUAAUUAAACAAUCAUUUGUCCCCGCUAUCUAUGAGAAAACAGAUCAAUCACUGUAUUGAUCCGUCAGUUUGUUUAACAGUUGAUAGUGGAUAGACAAACAGCAAACUUUUUUACUGUAUAUUUUAAACUGGAGCUGGAGGAAUCGACAGUGGCAGGGGCCUAACCCUAACCUUCUGUCAGCAGACUAAAACUUACCCUGACCCCUGGCCCUACCUUAAUCCUAACCCCCAAACCCUUUCCUAACCCAGGUUAGGUGGGAGUUAAUUUCUCACCUGAUACAAACCUAAACCUAAUCCUAACCCAGAUUAGUUAAUGGAGUCAGUGGCAGACCAACAGCUCUAGUCUAUGAUGUAAAUGGUUGUUUCUGUCUGUGGAUUUACACUAAUCCUAAACCUAACCCUACCCUUAGCUUAACCUUGGCCUGUUUAUUUCUGAGUUUAAAAACACAAAUUAAGUCAAGGAUAAUGUAUAGAAAGAAACUGUCCUUGCAGAAAAAUGAGCCUUUGCUAAAAUGUGAUGCUUACUUGACUUCCAGUUGAUAUUUUUAAACUCUUGGAAGCAGUCACAGGCUUGACUGAUGGUUUAACGAUCAGCUGGAGCAGCUCAGUCCAGGAGAGGAGGGUCAUGAAACCUAGAAAACUCUUCACAUCAGGUCUGAAACCGUGAUUCCAUCUUGUAUAAACACUAACACAUUUACAGUCAAGUUCAUUUUAAAAACACGUCGUCAUUUUUAGUUUUCUUUCUCACCAUUGGAGCGUCAGUGUCUUCACGUGUCUUUGUUUACACAGCUAGCCAGCUCUUUCUUUGUGUUCGUGUGCACGUGUCGGGAAUGAUUUGACUAUUUAUUGAUGUGUGAGCGGCUGUCAAACCUAAGAUGCAUGCCCCUCCCUGCGGCAUUAACAAUAAUUCAGUUCACGUUGAUGAAUUUAAAGAGUGACUGUUAGCGUGUGCGUGCGAUCGUCCGUGCUCUCCGUCGCUGCAGAGAUGGAGAUCUGUUGCCUUAAACGAGUCCAGUGAAGCCUUCUCUCCUCCCUCCGUUUGUCAGUCAUACAUCUCUCCUGUCUCACUUCCUGUUUCCAUCCAGACCCUGAUCCUCUAACCCUGAUCCUGUUUGACAAAGGAGGAUCAGGACGGUGGCCCUGAAAGGACAUGAUAAGCAAAAUACAACCACACAGAGCAUAAAUAGAGUUAAAGAUCAAUAUUAUGGCUAAACAGUCUGUCAAAAUGACCCUUGUCCUUAAACGGCUUAAACCUCAGACUAGUCUAAACAAUUAGCCCUCUAAUUGUUCACAUACGUUCAUCAUUGACACCAAAAUUACCAGUUAAACCAGUUAUUAACAUUUUUAUUAUUUCGGACAUACAAUCCCAGUCAGUCACUCCAUCUGAGCAGUAACACAGCUGCUCAAGUAGCCAGUGUAGUUUUUCUUCAUUCUUCAAAAUCCCCAGACUGACCACAAGCUACCUGAUGUUAAGAUAUGUUAAGACAAAUCUAAUUUAUUUGCAACCUUUGCCAAACACACUACAAUACCCACAAUCCUUCAGUGUCACAGCAAUGUCUCUGAUUGGUUGGGUCUCUGCUACCCCUGUAAAUAUUGAUAAUAUGUGCCGCUACCAACUUAUUACAACAUUAUCAUUUAAAAUGUAAAAACCGCAGUGAAGAUAAGUGUAGAAGAGAAGUACAUUUAUGGUUUGAAACCUUGAAAAGCUCUCAUUUACAAUAAAUAACAUUAAUCGCAAUGGGUUCUGGGACAUGUAGUUCCUUCCUCUUUGUUUUUCUCUGUUUUUGCACCAAAUCAAAUGUUUUAUAGUCAUGACUGCUCAGGUAGCUGUUUUGCUUGAUUCAUGCAUUAAAAGCAUUGUAAUAAGAACUUUACCCAUUGCCUCUUGUAGGAACGGCACGGUUUAGCACAGCAGAAUGUUAUGAAUAAAAAUCCAAACUAAACACACCACUAACUAAGGAAAACCCAAAGAGGGUUAGGGUUAGGCCCUGCGAUUGACUGGCAGCCAGCCCAGGGUGUACCCCGCCUCUCGCCCAAUGAC